CUCAUGUCACAGCAGGCACGCCGGUUAGAGAGAUUUGAGAAGCUCACUUCCCGAAAACAAUUAAGUCAAUGUUAGCGUAAAACUUAGAAGCACUAUCGUGUUUCUAAWAUAAACGUGUGUGGGUUUUAACCAUCGAGUAUCUCUACCAAGUUUCAAGUGGGACUGGACCUGUUUAUGACAAAAUGAAAGCAUCUUCUACAACUGACUGACACCAUUAUGGCGACGUACGAAGACUUAGUUAAGUGUGGAUAUCUAGAGAUGAAACUUCCUCGUAAACAGCGUAAAAUGACUCAGAAGGUUUGGAAGAGAAAAUGGUUUGUUCUGAGAAGAAGGUCUAAAUAUGGCCAAACAAGACUCGAAUACUACCACAGUGAGAAAGCCUGUAUCGAUAACAGACAUAAAACAAUAAUUCCACUUUGUGGAGUAAGGAAUAUAGACAAUGUACAUUCAAGAACGCACCAGCAUGCAUUUCAAAUUGCUGCUCCUGAAAUAAGAAUAUUUCUGUCCGGCGAUAAUAGACUUGAUACUGAYGAAUGGGUACGGUUAAUGAAGGAGCUGGUUUUACCUGAGCCAAAGAUGUUUCCUUCAGUYGAAGGCGGAGAUAUAUUUGUCACAAACAGUAGACCUGAAGACAAGGAUUCAUAGAAACAAGAGUUAUCUACAUGUAUCUAGUGACCAGAAUUUUGAAAGUAGGCCAUUGAUUGGGCAGAUGGAUUCAUUGAUGAAUUGGUUGAUGGUAGAUUGACUUUCAGU